AAAAUUAUCAAAAGUGAUGGAUACCAAAAGUUUAUUGAACAUUUUAUGUUCAAUACAUGUCAGUUGUAUAUUGGACAUUAACUUCGAGUAUAAAUAGUUUUCUGAGGGUUGUACGGAAUUUGUAUUGGGAUUGUAACGUGCAGUAUGAGGAUGUUGGGUUGGUUCUGCGCUGUAAUACUGUUCACACUGUUCAGUUCUGAGUUAGUCGAGUCGAAAUUUAAACCGCGAACAAACGAUAAGGACUUAAGUAAUUCACCACAUACCCAUGAAGGUGAACACAGUGCAGCAUACGAUCAUGAUGCAUUUCUGGGGAGAGACGAGGCCAAGAGAUUCGAUGAUCUAACACCGGAAGAAAGCAAACAAAAACUGGGUGAGAUUGUGGACAAAAUUGAUUUAAAUAAUGAUGGUCAAAUCACUUCCGAAGAAAUGACUGUAUGGAUUAACAAAGUAUCCAGAAAAAUGCUCCUUGAUGAUGUUGAUCGCGCUUGGAAAGAUUUUGAAUUGCUAGACGAAGACAAGUUGCCAUGGGAGAAACAUGUUGACGAGCUGUUUGGUGAAGACGGAGAUUUAGAGGAUGAAGAUGAUGAAACAAAGAAAGCCUAUUCUGAAAAAGACAAGAGGCGUUGGAUGGCUGCCGAUGCAGACGGAGAUGGAAAGCUAUCAAAAAUAGAAUACUUAGCAUUCCUUCAUCCAGAGCAUGAACCAAAAAUGCGAGAUGUCGUUAUAAAGGUUAGCCCUGUGACAAACGAUAAAAACAACUUGUAUUUACUCCGCAAUCAUACGCUUACUCAAAAAUACCCUAUAUUCACUUGCGAAUAAUUCCAUAACAUUCAGGUUAUUUGGAGCAGUGUAUGCUCUGUGGAUUAUGGUAAUUCUAUUUAGACCGUAAUUUAUAGUUUUUAUUAGCCCAAAAAUCCAUGUUGGACCUACUUGAGCCUAUCACACCUCAUGGAGAAAUAGUAGACCUCCCAACCUGGAUUUUCCAUUAAACACAGUCCUAAAUAAUGUUUUCCAGUUGCUAUUCGUUCAUUUGAUAUCCACUUCCAAUUUCUAACGCAGCGUGUUCCUUGGUCUUCUUUUUGUCCCCCUUCACGAUCCCUAAUUAGCAUUUGUUUAGUGUUCUAUUCACUUCAAACGUCGUUUUCUAAUUUCCUCUUCAACUGGAAGCUGGUUCGUUCUCUGCUACAGUAGGUUGUUGCUGAUGGCAUCUGGUCAACGAACAUUGAAUACAUUGCGUAAAACAUUGUUUAUAAAUAAGUAAAAAUCAAUAGACUGAUGCAGAAACUGCUGCUACUCCGCAUACCUCGACCCUCAUUUGUUGGUGUGUAUGGGAUAGAAAAGCUAGGUUAUCUUUGAAGUCCAAAUCGUCUAGUUGCAUCUAAGCUGUACAUUGUUUUCCAUGCUUCAGCUGAAACGUGGAGGUCUCUUCACAAUCCACCCGACCACGAGAAGACAGAGAAGGGGUGAGAGUAAGCAGCCUUGUCUGGCACAGAUCUUCACUUAGAAUGAGUGUCAGCCGUCAUCUAUGUACGACUUAGCAGUGUAGUUCGUCGUAUGAAUUCUGUUUGGUAUUGACGGUUUUCCAUGUUAAUUUCUUCCUUGUGUCAUAUAGUUGUUUGGUAUUUCCUUCUCUUGCUGCUUUUCACAGUCAUUGCUAAGUGUUCUGCGUAUUUCUGCUUGUUGGCCGUAAUGCUCCUCUUCACCCUCUUGUUUAUUUCUGUGUACUCGGUCUGUGACAUGGUUUCCUCUGCUUGUUCGACUGCUGUUAAUUGCUGUCUUCUUCCCCUCUUAAGUCUUGGUAAUGGUUUCGACCGAGAUGCAUUACUUAUGAUGAUGCUUCUUACGGCUUAGAAUCUCCUAACACGUUGAAGUUAGUGCUUCUCUGAUCCUCUUCCAGUUGUUCUCCAUAGUAGUUCCCUCUUCUUUUAGUGGAUCAUGUAAGGCUUGAAAUCCGUUUCUGAGAGCUAUCUUGAAUUCGUUGAGUUUGUCAGUAUAUGGAAGAAAGGCUAUACAGAAUUUGUUUAAUGCUGAGUCUCCAGUUGUCCAGUGUUUCUUUAGCUUCAGUUCCUAAUUGGUCGCAACCAGGUGGUGGUGAUUUAAAGGUGUCAGCUUUUUUUCCUGGUUCUUCCAUUUAUCUUCUGGUUGUUUUAGUGAUGUAAAUAUGAUCGAUCUAAUACUCUGUAGUGUGAUUUAGUGAGACCCAUGUAACUUCGUAUAGGAGUUUGUGUGGGAAUAUUGUCACCUUCAACCGUUUGGUUGAAUGCACACAAAUUUGCAAAUCUUUCUUCAUUCUCAUUCCUUUUUCUUAAUCAGUUCAUGUUGUCUCAUUAUAUCUUCCUAUUUGGUAUUGUCCAUUCGGACCUUGGCGUUAAGGUCUCCCAUCAGGAUGGUCAGGUCCUUUCUUGGGCACCUCUCUAUGGCCGACUUCAGCCUCUCAUUAGACUGAUGUUUACCGUCUUAACUGCUAACAUUGGUGGGUCCAUGGCACUGAACAACAUUCAUUGUGAUCCCUUUUGUCUUUGUUUUCAAAGAAGGUUUGAUUAUUCUAGAUCCGUGAGAUUUCCAUCCUGGAGGUGUUUCACGUGCUUUAGACAGCAUCAGUGCAACUUCCUGCGCGUAAAACGUCAUAAUUCUGAAUGAAAAUCCUUCAACUUGGAGGGCUGAGUUUAAACAGUUUAAAUUGUUUAUUCUGAUUAGCACUUUUUAGCAAGGUUGUUUUCUACAGGCUGGUGUUGCUGACCCCACGCUCAACCCUCCUCCUUUACCCGGGCUAGGGACCGGCAAUAACCCUAGAAGAGCUGUAGAUGUUGCUAAGUUAAACAUAUCCAUGUAAUUUUGUAAUCGGUAGUAGUCGAGAUGAUUAUUGAAUAACUUGUUGCAAAUGCUUGGGACAUUUUUGUACUUCAGUGAGAAGUCCCUCAGCACUGAACCACAAACUAAUCAUUGCUUUUAAGACUCACAAGUUAGAGUGAUUUCCAGUCAAAUAUGCACAUUUAUCUGGUCCAAAUUAAACAUAUAUGAAUAAUUAUUAUUGUCUAACACAAAUACCAAGUUUAUCGUUAAAAAAGUAAGCACAACAGCUUCAGUUUCAUCUCUAAUGUAAAUAAUUACUUCAAGUUACAUUAAGUUUUUACACACUUUGUGGUUCAACUAUUUUAUUUGCUUUUACAAACCUAGGAAACAAUGGAAGAAAUUGACAAAAAUAAUGAUAGCUUCGUUGAUCUUGAUGAAUAUAUCAAAGAUCUGUGGUCUCCGAAUUCACCUAAUGAAACGGAGCCUGAAUGGGUUAAAACUGAAAGAGAGGAAUUUGCCAAACGACGCGAUAUUAAUGGGGAUGGAAAACUGGAUCUGGAUGAGGUCGGCAAAUGGAUCGUACCUGAAGAUUAUAAUCAUAUCCAAGCAGAAGUAACCCAUUUAUUCUCAGAAUCAGAUGCAGAUCAGGUAGAGCUUAUGUUGAUUAUUGUGCCUUCGUAAUUUUUCGUAAAUAUGAUCUCAGAUAUGACUAGUGUCUUUAUAAUACUUGUCAGUUUGCCAUUGUAGGUUUUUGUUACUAUUUAUAUCGAGAGACUUAAAAGGUAAGAUGGCUCUUAAUUGUUUUCCAUGCUAAUCGUAACCUUGUAUUUUCCAACCAAAAAAUUAGUUUAAUAUUGAACUCUGAAAAUUUCCGGAUCUAGAAAAGUAUUUUCAUUCGAAUAACAUGUGAUAAAUAGUAUGUUAUCCUUUUCGAGAAAGCCUUCUCUAUGCUAGUGCCAGCAAUAUAGACUUGUACAAUUAUGACCAUCCCCGUCAUUUACAAUGGUUACCAACUAUCAUUUUGUGUAUGGGAUACAUAUCGAUCUAAUUUGUUCUCGGUAGAAACAAAUUUUACUCAAACUUUUAUUUUGUCCAAUAUCGCGUAUUUUUUAAAAUUUCUGUUAAUAUUAUUUAGGAUGGAAAACUCAGCAAAAACGAAAUACUAAAUCGUUACGACUUAUUUGUUGGUAGCCAGGCAACCAAUUUUGGGGAAAUCCUAAUUGGUCAUGAUGAGUUAUAACAAUGUGAAAUCUGUCAGUGAAGUAAUCCGACAACCGAUUGUCUGUUAAAUAUCAUAAGGAUCUUUUUCUUUUAAAAGUCUAACAUUUUCUCGGUUUAUAGUUUCUAUCAGUUAUUGUACGUUAUUACCUCUAUUGCAUAAACACCGUUAAUUCAUAUGUUCUUGUUAAUCAACACAAACUUUCAAAAACACUUGAUUAAUCAAGUGUGUCAAUAAAAUUUGUUAAAGGUCGUACAUUUUACAAGUGCCUAUUCUAGCGCUUAUUUUGUUUUUAUCUUACAAACAAUUUCGUCUAUAUUUUAUUCUCGAGCUAUCUGUUUAUUUUCAUGUUUUAUACUUUUUAAUCGUUUAUUUGUAUAUGAAUCAAAAUAGUUUAUUUGCCAGCUUCAUUUUUAGUUGAUCUCUUUUGUGCGCAUGCUUGUCAUUAAUAUGUUUUGUAAUGUAUAAAAAUAUAUUAUUGCUUUACAUG